UAUGUUUCAUCAUCUCUCAAAAUAAAGAUUCACUCUAAACAAAGCUGCCAAUUUGGAUUCUAUCAAAAUUUUCAUUAAAGAUCUUAAGGAUGUUGCCUCAAUUGUUCCUUCCAAAUUGGAUGAUACAGAUAUACAUCUCUCUCUCUAAAUUCAUGCUUUGGAUAAAAGUUGGAAAAUAGUAUGAUACUAUAAUUAUUCGUAUUAGAGUUCAAAGUCUUUAUCAAAAGAGUACAAAUUUGAUUCAUUCAAAUAAGCAUUUGUGUUUAUGAAUACAAUUUCAAAUAUGGCUGAUGAAAUGAAUCGUAAUUUUUAUUUUUUUUAUAUAGAUUACCCAAAAUGGAUUAAUGUUUAUAAUAAACUAAACGUAGAAAUAACCACUUAAGAUGUGAGUGGUAUUUCUAUAAAGGAUGUACUUUUGGCUCACCUAAUGGAAUCAGUAGCUAAGGAUGUUAAAGAAUAAAAUUUUGAAAGCAUUGGUGAAAUUUGCAAGGUAUCUCCUAUUUAAUUGUUAUAAAAUUGGAAUGCAAAUUACUCAUAAUAUUAAGAGAUUUUGAAAAAAAAUGUACACAAUCUAUGAAA